AGAGCCGCCGUCCUCUCGUGCGAUCUCGCUGCCGUCGCCCUCCGAUCCGCUCCUCCUCGUUUCCCGAGGAUACGCAGCUGGAUCCGCCGAUGCCGAUCCAGGCAGACGCGGCCGUCGUGGAUCACGAGGACACCGCCACCACCGGUGCCUCGGAUACGUCGCCCGUUGCGGAUCAGGAUCCCCAGGACGCCGACGCCACCGCGGAUCCACUGCCACGCACAGCUCGGGCCCGAGCCGCGAUGGGCUCAGCUGUGGCCGCUGCUGCGUGCGCCCUUCGUCUCCAGGCUCGGCGAGCCCCGCCGCCAGCCACCCCCAACCCACACGGAGUGGGCCGCCUCGAUGCACGCCUACUACGCGGCCGCCGCCUCCGCCGCCGGGAUCCCCUAUGCCGCGUGGCCGCUGCCGCCGCAGGCCCAGGACGCAGCAGCACGGCCUGGUGGCGGCCGGGCCGGGGGCCGCGUAUGGCGCGCCGGUGUCGUUCCUCAUGUACCACCACCCUGCGGCGGCGUACUACGCGCACGCGCACGCCUCCAUGGUCGCGGGGGUGCCUUACAUGGCCGGCGAGUCUGUCUCGGCGGCAGGGAAAGGGAAGAGGGUGGGGAAGACACGAUGUGUCCCUUCUGGCGAGAUCAAUUUCAGCUCCGGGAGCGGCGAUGCCGGGAGCCAGGGGUCAUUGGAGAAGGGAGAUACGGGCGCCAAUCAGAAGGGCUCAUCAUCAUCCGCGAAGAGGAGGAAGUCCGGCGCUGCAAAUACAGAAGAUGGGUUAUCAGUUAUCACAAACCAUAAUUCCUGGAUACAAGGUGAAUCUCAGGCUGCCACAGUGCAGAAUGCUGUAACCGAGCCGCCAUUGGAAGACAAGGAGAGGUCUACAUCCAAACUGUUGGUUUUGGCACCUGGGAGGGCGGCACUCACCAGUGCUGCACCGAACUUGAAUAUUGGGAUGGAUCCCUUGAGCGCUUCUCCAUCCUCCAUAGUACAGGGGGAGGUGAAUGCCGCAGCUUCUUCCCAGAGUAACGCUUCACUGUCUCAGAUGCAAGAAUGCGAAGAGCUAGCCCAGAAGGUAAGUGAGCUGACCGCAGCGAACGGCACGCUUAGAUCAGAACUCGGCCAGCUUAAGGACUGCAAAACCAUGGAAACAGAAAAUAAACAGCUGAUGCAGUCAGAGGGCCCUAGCGUUGUGACUACCCUGAGCAUCCAGGUCGAAGCGCCCGAGCCGCAUCCAGAUCGAAGCCCGAGACUCCCUGUAGUAGAGCACCUGCUGCCUCAAACUUCAGAGAAGAUGUGCACGAAUGGCUGUUUGGUCGCAGGUUACUCCAAGAAGAAGUAGCUAGAAUGCCCAUGUAUUGGUGCAUACAGAUUGGCGAUUGGGAGUUUUUUGAAGGGGUAAUCGACUCAUCUGUUGAUAUGAUUGGGAGGUGGCAUGAACAAAGUAAAGCAGAAGAAAGCGAGCUUGGAUGAUGGGUGGCGGCAUCAACCUACAAUUGUUUUGUGUCGGUCAGAGCAGGGAAGGUGUUAGGCACGAACCAAUCAACUAGGGCUUCUUGCUUUGACUCUCUUGCCGAACUAGGAGAAGUUAGCUCUUGCAAUGCAAUGAUCAAGCUUUUAAGAAAUUCUUGCAUACAUGUCUUUCAGUACUAUUUUUUCAUGGUUCAUCUGUGUAUGUCAUUUUCAUGAUGUAGUGAUUUUAUAAAAUAGUUACUUAUUAGUUGUAACCAUUGUUGUCAGAUCAAGUUGGAAGCUUAAUCUUCA